AUAAAUUAGCCACGCCACUCUUAUCGGUUGCACUAGUUCCAAUCCGCAACCGUGACAGCCAUCCCUCCAAAUCAUCUCGCCAGUCGCCACUGCACAACUCUCCACUCUCUUCCGCAGAAGAUGUUUCUGAAAUUCUUUCCAACUCCUCUGCUCUUCCUCUUGCUCUGUUCCUUGUCUGCAAUCUUAGCUGACUAUGAUGCAGAUCCAACAAGAAGUACUAUGGAACAGUUCUCUGGGUACCCGACUCAAGAACCCGACUCCGUCUCUUCCUUCUCUGUCGAUACCGUCUCUUCCUUCUCUGUCGAUGCCCAAGGUUUACAGAAACAGAUUGAUGAGCUAUCAAGUUUCUCUGAUACACCUUCCCCAUCAGUAACUAGGAUUCUGUACAGCAAGAUGGAUGUAUUCGCUCGCAGAUACAUUAAAAACUUGAUGGGUCUCUCUGGUCUCUUUGUUCGAGAGGAUGCUGUUGGUAACAUAUUUGGUCGAUGGGAAGGUUAUGAACCAGAGCUUACUGCUGUUGCAACAGGUUCUCACAUUGAUGCUAUUCCAUACUCUGGGAAAUAUGAUGGGGUCGUCGGUGUUUUGGGUGCAAUAGAAGCCAUUAACGUUCUAAGAAGGUCUGGUUUCAAACCUAGAAGGUCACUAGAGGUGAUCUUGUUCACUUCAGAAGAGCCUACACGCUUUGGGAUCAGCUGCUUGGGAAGUCGCUUAUUGGCCGGGAAUGAAGCGCUUAUGAAAUCUCUUGAGACAGUUGUUGAUAGUCAAAACAUAUCCUUUUUUGAUGCUGCCAGAGCUGCUGGGUAUGCAAAUGAUGAAGAGGAUUUGUCCAGUGUGUUUUUGAAGAAAGGAAGCUAUUCUGCUUUUGUGGAGUUGCAUAUAGAGCAAGGCCCCAUUUUGGAGGAGGAAGGAAUAUCUAUUGGCAUUGUAACUGCCAUUGCUGCCCCUGCAAGUAUCAAAGUGGAUUUUGAAGGCAAUGGAGGCCAUGCGGGUGCUGUCUUGAUGCCAAAUAGAAAUGAUGCAGGAUUGGCAGCUGCAGAGUUAGCACUAGCUGUUGAGAAACAUGUGUUAGAAUCUGGAUCUAUUGAUACUGUUGGUACUGUGGGUAUUCUGGAGCUGCAUCCUGGAGCAAUCAACAGCAUUCCAAGCAAAUCACAUCUAGAAAUUGACACACGCGACAUCAAUGAAAUGCGAAGGAACACUGUAAUUGAGAAAACCCAUCAGUCUGCUAUAACUAUAGCCAAGAACCGUGGGGUCAGGCUAUCAGAAUUUAAAAUCAUCAAUCAAGAUCCACCAGCACUUUCAGAUAAAUCAAUAACAGAGGCAAUGCAAGCUGCAUCUCAAGAGCUAAACCUAUCGCACAAGUUGAUGAUUAGCAGAGCUUACCAUGAUUCGCUGUUCAUGGCCAGAAUAUCUCCAAUGGGUAUGAUAUUCAUUCCAUGUUACAAAGGAUAUAGCCACAAGCCUGAAGAAUAUGCUUCCAUUGAGGAUAUAGCAAAUGGGGUCAAGGUAUUAGCACUAACACUCACCAAGUUGUCCCUGUACUAAUGCAUCUCAUCCACAGUUCUCAAUAAUGCCGUGUUUCUAGCAGCAAUAAAGCCGUGUUUCUAGCUGCUCAAUAUGCUUCCUUUGUUUAUUAGUUAUGGCACAUUUUUUCUACUGAGACUUAUAUUUGAUUUCCAUGUGAGAUUAACAUUAUUGUAAAAUAUGAAGCUGAUUUAGUAGCCCAAUCAACGUCCAUUCCUUCUGCAAAA